CCGAAUGUCGUGAGCCGCUUCAUCCUUCCUAGCCAUCGUAUAUGCUCGCGAGGACCAUCAAAAGAGCGAUCCACACUCCCAGACGACGAUAUCCCACCACCCUUUGCAUCUAUCCUACAUCUCACAGGCUCGUCGCCUCGUUUCACUCGACUGCGUUUCCCUCCCUCGCAGCGUGCUCCUCGUCUUCCCUCAGGAUGGCCGUCGCCAACCCGCCCGUCGACGGCCAGCCGGCUAGAGCUCAGCAGCCGCCAUGGCACAUUCCUGAAAAGAUCGAAAAGGAGCCGCAGCUGAUGGUCUACAACUCGUUGACGCGGACCAAGGUACCCUUUGUGCCUAUGAAAGGGCGACAUGUCACCUGGUACAACUGUGGGCCCACUGUAUACGACGCCUCACAUAUGGGACAUGCCCGCAACUACGUCUCGCAAGACAUCAUGAGGAGGAUCCUCGAGCAUCUCGGCUACAGCAUCCACUUCGUCAUGAACAUCACGGACAUUGACGACAAGAUCAUCGUCCGAGCACGACAGAAUCACCUGGUCAAGGAGUUCCGCUCACAACAUCCUCACCUCACCCCAGCCCUCCUGUCCGAAGUCAAGACCUCCUGGUCAGCGUACUUCGACAAGACGCUCCGUCGCUUCGCCCCUCCUCCACCACCGGAAGAGGUCAAGCAGCUGCCAGGUGGCAAGGUACCAGAAGAGGCAGCGUGGGAGGAAGUGAGCAGGCGGUACAUCUCAGACGAGAAGUGGCGCCAGGAGACGUCGAUGCAAGAGCCAAAGCUGGGAAUGUGGUAUUCUGCCCUCGACAAGUCACGGCAGGCGAUCAUUGCUGCAACCAUGUCAACCACAGCGUCAUCCCUCGACUCGUCAGCACCAAAGGAGUCCACCGCUGCGCUCGUCGACGCGUCACUCGAUCUCCUCUCCUCGUCGCUCGACGCUGCGCACGGCCAUGCGGUCACCGACCCCUCAAUCUUCCGCAGCCUCGCCGCAUACUGGGAAGAGGCCUACUUCAAGGACAUGCGAAAGCUCGGCGUGCUCAAGCCUGACCAGCUCACGCGCGUGAGCGAAUAUGUGCCAGAGAUUGUCGAGUUUACAGAGAAGAUCAUGGCGAAUGGCUUUGCGUACAAGGAUGAGAGGGGCAAUGUGUGGUUCGAUACGAGGGCUUUCGAUGGAGCGCCUACGGGGGAGAAGGAGAAGCACUCGUAUGCGAAGCUGGCGCCUUGGAGUAAGGGCAAUCGGGAGCUGCUCGAGGAAGGAGAAGGCUCACUCUCCACCUCCUCGGCCACCACCUCGGGCAAACGCAGCCCUAGCGACUUCGCGCUCUGGAAGACGUCCAAGCCCGGCGAGCCCAGCUGGCCCUCACCCUGGGGCUCCGGCCGCCCAGGCUGGCACAUCGAAUGCAGUGUAAUGGCCUCCUCCGUCCUCGGCACCCGCAUCGACGUCCACUCUGGCGGGGUAGACCUCAUGUUCCCUCAUCACGACAACGAGCUGGCCCAAUCUGAGGCAUGCCAUGGAUGUGCGCCUUGGAUCAACUACUUUUUGCAUACGGGUCAUCUCCACAUUGAAGGCUUGAAGAUGAGCAAGAGCUUGAAGAACUUCAUCAGCAUCGAGGAGGCCCUACAGCGCUUCACCGCACGGCAGCUACGCAUGGCCUUCUUGAUGCAGCAGUGGAGUAGCCGCAUGGACUUCAGGGAGGCGAGCAUGAACGAGGUUCGAAACGCCGAGGAGCGUUUCAACAACUUCUUUGCGACUUGCAAAGCACACGCUCGUCAGGCGGCAACGAGAGGACCGGCCUUUUCGGAUGGGCACCACCAUUACGCCGAGGGGGAAAAGGCGCUCGUUUCUCAGCUUGGCGAGGCGAAGCUUGCUUUUCAUGCGGCACUCUGCGACUCGUUCGACACGCCGACCGCCGUCAGCGUACUGCUGGACGUGGUUUCGAGGGCAAACACCUACGAGAAGGAGGCGCGAAAGGCUGGGGUCAACGCCGAGGUGCUGGAUAUGGUUGGGCGAUGGGUCGGGGACAUGCUGAGGAUGUUUGGGCUGGGGCACGGCCCUGUGUUCGAGGGACAGGUAGGGUGGGGAGAAGAUGGAGCAGGAGUCGCGGAUCAAGCUUCAGCAGCAGCAGACUCGAGUGCGGCUGGUGGAGUGGACCGAGAGUCUUUGCUCAUGCCCUACCUCGAGGCCUUGUCCGACUUCCGUUCCUCAGUGCGUCGUCUGGCACGACAGGGCGCUCCUCACUCUGAGCUGCUCGCUCUGGCGGACAGGUUGCGAGACGAGGACCUCGUCGACCUAGGCGUCGCACUGGAAGAUGCGGCCGAGGGCAGCAGCAGCGCAAAUGGUACCGAGGGGGAGCAAUCACAACAAAAGGCAAUGGUCAAGCUCGUUCCCGCAGCGCAGCUGAGAGCCGCUCGCGAAGAGAAGCAGCGUAUCGUCCGCGAGAAGGCUGCUCGCAAGGAGGAGGCAGCAAAGAAGGCUGCAGCUGCCCGUCUCGAGAAGCUGGAGCGUGGUCGUGUUUCUCCUGCCCUCAUGUUCAGGCCGGUGAGCGAGGGCGGGCUCAAAGCGCACGAUGGGCUCUGGAAAGAAUGGGACGAGCAGACGGGUCUGCCGACGAAGGAUGCUGCAACGGGGGCUGAAGUGGGGAAGAGUAGAAGGAAGGGCCUGGAGAAGGAGAGGGCUACGCAGGUUAAGUUGCAUGAGGAGUACCUCAAGGCGAAGGAGAAGGGUGAGGUGGAGUAGGUGGUUUGGAGACGAGCGAGAGGUGGAUGGUGAUCUGCGUAUGUCAUUGCCUGCCAGGGUCACCUCAAUAAAAUCCUUCGUCCGAUUAGAAGAGCGUGUCUUCAUCUCUCAGAUAUUCUCCCACGUCU